CACCGAGCCCAACCGGCGCCACUCUCCCGACCACUUCUCCUCGUCGACCUCCCCAGCUUUCCCCCCUCCUCCCACCCGCAUCGCUCACCGCCGCCGCUCCUAAACCCCAGAAGCAAACCACGCGCUCAAACACCUCCUCCGCGCCGCCACCGCUUCCUCCUGCGCCGCCACCGAGGGGGGGGGGGGGGUGGGCAGCAGCUGUAGCAGCGCGCGCGCUAGAGAGAGUUAGGUGGGAUGGGAGGCGGGCGGAAGCGCGGGCGCACGCAGCGCCGCCACUUCAAGCAGGGCCGCGACAACGUCUGGAAGCACAACCCCCAGCGCCCUCCCGCCUCCGCCGCGGGCGAAGGCGGAGAGGGGCGCGAGGGGAACCCCUCGUGGCAGCCGUUCGCCACCGAGAACCCGGCCUUCGAGGAGUACUACAAGGAGCAGCAAACUAUUCCCAAGGAAGAGUGGGAUGACUUCAUGAGUAUGCUCCGGAAGCCAUUACCUGCCACUUUUAGGAUUAAUGCGAGCUGCCAGUUUUUUCAAGAUAUUUGCUCACAGUUAGAAAAUGACUUCAGGAAGUCGUUAGAGACUGAGGUAAGUGAUGAGCAUGAAGAAGAUGCUAUUCGGCCCUUGCCUUGGUACCCUGGUAAUCUUGCAUGGCAUUUGAAUUUUUCUCGAAUGGAACUGAGGAGAAACCAGGCACUUGAGAGUUUUCACGAAUUUUUGAAGCAAGAGAACGAAGUUGGCAACAUAACUAGGCAAGAGGCUGUCAGCAUGGUCCCACCAUUGUUUCUGAAUGUGCAACCUGAUCACCAUAUUCUUGACAUGUGUGCUGCUCCAGGAUCUAAAACUUUCCAGUUACUUGAGAUGAUUCACCAGUCAACGAAGCCUGGAUUGCUUCCAAAUGCUCUGGUGGUAGCUAAUGAUGUUGAUGUGCAAAGAUGCAAUCUUCUUAUUCAUCAGACAAAGAGAAUGUGCACAGCCAACCUGAUAGUGACAAAUCAUGAAGCGCAGAACUUUCCUGGUUGUAAUCUUGCCAAGUUCUGUUCUGAAAUGUGUACGGAUGAGUCCAAACUGCAGAGGUUGGAGUUUGAUCGCGUGCUGUGUGAUGUGCCUUGUAGUGGUGAUGGGACUGUCCGUAAGGCUCCUGAUAUGUGGAGGAAGUGGAAUGCUGGCAUGGGGAAUGGACUUCAUCGUUUACAAGUGGAAAUUGCUAUGCGUGGUAUGGGUUUGCUUAAUGUGGGUGGAAGGAUGGUUUAUUCAACGUGUUCGAUGAAUCCCGUUGAAAAUGAAGCUGUUGUUGCUGAGAUUCUACGGAGAUGUGGGGAUUCUGUUGAACUUCUUGACGUUUCUAAUGAGCUACCUGAACUAGCCCGCCGUCCUGGACUUACUACCUGGAAGGUACGGGAUAGAGGGUCUUGGUUUGGUGUUCAUGAAGAUGUUCCUUGCUACAGGAAGGAUGUGAUAUCACCAAGCAUGUUUCCCUCUGGUAAAGGCAGCAAAGAUAACCGUAUGGUGAGCAGCAGUGUUGAGGUCAACACAAAUGUAGUUGAUGCAGACAUGAAGGAUUCGACAGAUAUUGGAGAGGGAGAACAAGAAACAAAGAUAGCAAUUGAUGACAGCAAUAACAGUGACAAUCCCAAUACUGAAGGGAGAGCCAAAGUUGAUUGUGAGUCUGGUGAAGCUAAAGAUAGUUAUAAAAAAUUAGAUUCUACUUCCAUCCGUACAGAACAUUCGGAUUACCCGCUGCAUCGCUGCAUGAGAAUUGUUCCACAUGACCAAAACAGUGGGGCAUUUUUCAUUGCAGUCCUUCAUAAACUCUCUCCCCUGAACGAGAACCAGGUGGUAGAAGUGAUAAAAAGUGAGCACGGUAACUUGAAGGACAGGACUGAGAAACUUGAGGAAGAUUUAGGAUCAGGUAAGGUAUCAUCUGAAGAAACUAUAUUACACCAGCAAGUGGUUGAUGGUACAAAUGUUCUGGAUGGAGAACAAAAUGGAGACAUGGAUAAUAAAAGUUCAAAAGAUAAAGGCUCAAAUGAUUCUAAGGUGAUUGUUAACGAGGCAGAAAAUGGUCAAGCAGGAACAAGAGAUAGAAGGAGGAGGCCACAGAACCAAGGCAGGUGGAGAGGGGUUGACCCUGUGAUAUUUUUCAAAGAUGAAGUGACAAUCAGAAGUAUAGUAUCUUUCUAUGGUAUCAAGGAUUCAUUUCCACUUGAAGGUCAUCUUGUGACUAGGAAUCCCGAUGCUAGUCACGUUAAGAGAAUAUACUAUGUGUCAAAAUCAGUUCAAGAUGUUUUGGACCUCAACAUAAAAGUUGGCGAGAGGCUUAAGAUCACCUCACUUGGCCUAAAGAUAUUUGAGAGACAGUCAUCAAAGGACGGCUCACCAUGCACAUUUAGGUUGUCUUCGGAGGGAUUGCCGCUGCUGCUUCCGUACAUCACAAAACAGAUUCUAUAUGCAUCCGCAAUUGACUUCCAGCACCUUUUGCAGUACAGGACUAUUAAGUUUCCUGAUUUUGUGGAUGCAAAAUUUGGUGAGGAAGCUUCAGCUUUGUUGCCAGGUUGCUGUGUCUUGGUAUUACGCGAAGGGCAUCAGGAUAUAGGAUCCAUUGCCAUGGAUCCCUCUGCAAUUGCCAUUGUUUGCUGGAAAGGAAAGACCAAUUUGUGUGUCAUGGUUUCUCCUCUGGACGGGAAAGAACUGCUUGAGAGGAUUUCAUUACGUUUUGGGCUCGAAGUCCCCAAAGCAGAUGGACCCAAGCAGGAGAUUGAUGGAUCAGACGAGCAACCUGAUUGUGCCACUGAGACAGACGAUCAAGAAUGUUUACCUCAAAGCAAAGCAUCAGACAUGGAAAUUUCAGAUGUUAAGGAGGUUGAGUAGCUUUGAUGUUUAUUAUAGCAGGAUGCAAAAGUAUCCUGUUAGUUGGCUACUGUUUUUUUUAUCUACUUUAGUUGGUGAUCGCUACUUAGCUGGCAAUUUUUCAUUCUGGCACCAUAUUUCAUGUACGGAUCCUAUUGUUAUAAGGAGAAGCGAAGCAACUCGUCCACAAGGGAUGGACAGCACAUGGGCAUGAAAUGCACACCACCUGGUAAUCGUGCAUGGUGUUCUUCUCAUCGUGCAAUAGCUUCUAUUGAUUUUUUUUUCUUUGAGAGGAUGUACCACACCAGAUAAAUUGUUACACAGGACACCGAAUGUAGUAAAAUUUGAGACGAGAUCAUUUGAGACA